AUGAGUUCAAAGGUAAUCAACUCUUCUCCCAACACAGCCCUAACGGGAGACCGCAGAGACGGCAACAGCACGUGCUUCGACCUCAUCCAAAACCACAUCGAGUCACUGAGCAGCAAGAUGGACAGGCUUAUCAACAUCCAGGUGAAGGUCCUCAGUCGACUAGACGGGAUGUCCGAGGACAUAGACGACAUCGAGAAGGAUAUGGAAAACCUGAAGGUGGACAAGGAGGAGAUCCACGUUCCGCCCAGGGUGGUGAAACAGAGCCAGGCCCCGGCGAUGGGGGCAGGGGUGAGGGAGAUGUACCAAGAGAUGAGCUCCAUCAUGUCCGUGGUGAACCAGCGUUCGGAGCAGCAGGCUCGGAAGCUCGAGGGCAUGGAGAAGCUGGUCCUCAGCAUGCAGCAGGUCAUCGGCUUCAUCGGGGAGACGGUGAAGAGCUCCCAGGUAAUGGCGCUCAUGCUCAAAGGCCCCGCCGCUCGAAAGGCCUCCAAGCCCAAAGAUACUAAGGGCAAACUGGCCAAAACUACCUCUACUAAAGCCAAUAAAGGGACUCAGGAGACCUCCUCCCCUGCAUGGGAACCCAGCACCCCGGAGCCCGCUCACAAGCUAAAGCUCCACGGACCAAAGCAUUUCCUCACCCCUCGCAAAUGUGGACACCUUCUUAAAGACAACAAAGAUAAAGAUGGGAAAGAGAAAUCCUGUUUGAGCCUCAAGGGCCUGAAAGCUCAAAAGAAGAAGAAGCCCCCGGACACAGCAGACGCUAUCUCUUUGAAGAAGCAGAUAUUGCUUCUUGAGGAGGUGCAGAAGCUUAACAGGGAGAACGCCGAGAAAUCCGGUCAGCAGAUCACGCCCGGAGAUCUGGAGGAUGGAAGGCUCUUCGAAACGCCACAGCAGGAAGACUCCAAGGUCCCCGUGGCUGAGAGAGAGGGUUUAUCCGAGGGGGCUGGUGAGGCGGAGGAGGGGCAGAAAUCGGAGGAGAACGAGGUGGCUGCAGAGGAGACACAGUCCAAGCUUGUUGCCGAGGGUGCACCGAAGGAGAAAGACAAAGGGCAAGCGGGAACAGCAGAGCCCAAAGAGGAAGGGCAGGCCGCCGCCGCCGCUGAAACUCCAUCAGGAAAAAAAGACCCAGAAUGCCUUGCUGCUUCUCAUGAUUCUCAGAAAGACCCCAUUCCUGCAAGUGACCACAAGGGCGCCUCUCCAUCCCUGGAGGCCGAACAGGAACAGAUGGCUGAAGUCGGCACGGGUGGUAAACGCCGUGUGACCGAAGAGGACACCAGUGCGGAGGACCACAAGAAGAGUCGGGUGGAGGAGGGAGAGGCGGGGAAGGAGGGGAAGAAGGAGGAGGAGGGGGAGCAAGAAGGGCAGCAGGAGUCUGAUGGCUGGGGCAUCUUCAAGGCAGAUGGAGUCGAGAUCCGGCUGGAGCUAAAACAAAGAGUGGAGAGAGCGAGGGAGGACGACGAGGAGGAGGAGGAGGAAAAGGACACAGAAACGAAGGAAGACGAGGAGGCUGAACGCUACCUUAUUGAUACCUCCCCUCCUCCAGCUGCUCCCUUUAGUCACCGGAUCGUGUCGGCCAAACCCAACCAGAUCAACAACUUCUACACCAUCAACCGGCAGGAGAUUCUAGGGGGGGGCCGGUUCGGCCAGGUGCACAAAUGCGUUGAGAACUCCUCGGGACUCACGUUUGCUGCCAAGAUCAUCAAAGCCCGCUCUGUAAAAGAGAAGGAGGUGGUGAAGAACGAGAUUCAGGCGAUGAAUCAACUGGACCAUGCCAGCUUGAUCCAGCUUUAUGCUGCCUAUGAGUCGAGAAACGACAUCAUCCUUGUACUUGAAUAUGUCGACGGAGGCGAGCUGUUUGACAGGAUCAUCGAUGAGAACUACACCCUGAUGGAGCUCGACACCGUGAUGUUCAUCAGGCAGAUCUGCGAGGGCCUGCAGCACAUGCACAAAAUGUACAUCCUACACCUGGACUUGAAGCCGGAGAACAUCCUGUGUGUGAGCAGGCUCACCAACAAGAUCAAGAUUAUCGACUUUGGCCUCGCCAGGAUAUAUAAACCCAGGGAAAAGCUGAAAGUGAACUUCGGCACCCCGGAGUUCCUCGCUCCUGAGGUCAUCAAUUAUGACUUCGUGUCAUUCAACACAGACAUGUGGAGCCUGGGAGUCAUCACCUACAUGCUCCUCAGCGGCCUGUGUCCCUUCCUCGGCGACGACGACAAUCAGACUCUGAACAACAUCUUAGCCUGUCAGUGGAACUUUGAGGAGGAAGAGUUCACCGACACCUCCAAGGAGGCCAAGGACUUCAUCUCCAAACUCCUCCUUGUUAAUAAAAGCUGGAGAAUGGGAGCCUCUGAGGCCUUAAGACAUCCCUGGUUAUGUGACCCAGUUCUUCAUCACCGUCUGCACACAAAGAGAACAAUGUGUAAGUCACGACGAUCUUCAUGCGUACCGACCGCAUAG